CUUCCGGAAGGGACGUUCCCCGUGUCAUCUGCAACACCUGAGAAAAAAUGUUUAGAAAGUUGCUAAAUAGAAAAGACGAGAAGGGGCAGGUUAUUGAUAAUGCAGAUACUAACAAGAGCAACUCUUCUAAGUCCUCCCCUGUUAAACAAGAACAGAAUGCUGCAGAAGAAGAAGCACAGGGAUUUCUAUGUCCUAUGUGUAUGAAAUCUAUGCCAUCUGCUGAAGCACUACAGAAUCAUUUUGAUGCUGAGCAUGAUGAAAACAAACCUCAGGGAGAAGGAUUUCUAUGUCCAAUGUGUAAGAAGUCCUAUAAUACACCAGAGGAACUGCAAUCUCAUUUUGAAACGCAUGACAUGGAGGCUAAUCAUAUAUCGGAAAACAGAGAUGGAGAUGUUUUUGCUCUCAGACAAGAAGUAGAAAAUCUAAAAUUCUCAUUGAGAGACAGUCAAAAAUACACAGAGCAGCUAAAAAUAGAACUGCAGAAAGGAAGAUCUGGCAGUGGCAGUGGUAAAAUACCUUUAACAGAAGAUGAGAAAUCUGAGUUAGAGAUGAUGCAAAUGCAGUUGAAAGGCUCUGAAGAAAGUAGAACUAUUUUAAUGAAUGAAUGUCACCAUUUGAGGGCUAAGGUAGAGGAAUUGUCAGGAAAACAAGAAUUAAUGACAGAAGAAGGCAGUAGAUUGUCUACUAAAUCUGGUCAAAUGGCAAGUGAAUUAGUGACAGUUAAAGCUAAAUGUGAUGAACUAGAAGGACAAAAGGGGGCAUUAGAAGAUCAUAUACACACAUUGAAGGGACAGAUAGAGUCAAAAGAAACAUUCAUACAUAAUUUAGAGGCACAGCUAUCACAAAGGCCAGGAGCAGAGGAUGUGAUGGUUCUGAAGCAGGAACUUAUAUCAGUACAAACUUUGAUGGAUAAUUUGUCACUUGAGAAAGAGAAAGAGAAAGAUGCUAUCGAGAAACUUUAUAAUGAACUGAAAACUAAAAACAGUGUCACAGAAGAAAAACUUAAGCUGUUAGAAGCUCAGAUAUCAGAGUCCCCAAAAGUGGAAGAAGUACAGAGACUACAGUCUUCCAUUGAAGAAAAGGCAAAUUCAUUCACACAACUUCAGAAGGAUUUAAAACAAACACAGGAAGAACUUAAUCUACUCAAGACACAACAUGAAAAGAUGUCAUAUGAGAAAGAAAAUGUAGAAAAAGAACUGAAAUCAAAGUCAGAGGAGUCUGGCAAACUUCAGAAUGAUCUUGAUAAAAGAGUUUUAGAGAUAGAGAACCUACAGAAAGAGGUCAAGGCCAAAACAGACCAGUACACAGAACUACAGUCAAAUAUUAUGAAGGGCCAAGAAAGUUCAUCUAUUGUACAGAAGCAGUUGACAGAAAGAGUUGAAGAAAUUACACAGUUAAAAGUUGAUGUGACAAAAAGAGAUUCAGAAAUAGUCCAUCUUACACAACUAGCUGAAACUCGAGCUAAUCAAAUCUCAAACUUAGAGGAAGACUUAGAUGUUAAAGAAAAGGAUGUUAUUCAAUUAAAAUCUGAAAUAGACAGCUCUAGUGAGGAAGUUAAAAAGUUACAAAAACAAAUGGAAGACAGAAGUUCACAAUUUGGAAAUGUGAAUUCUGAAUUACAAAAGAAAGAACAAGAAAUGGAGUCUGUAAAAGAUGAACUUAAGCUAAAAGUAGAGAAAAUAAGUGAGAUUCAAACUGAAUUAGACAACUCAUUAUCUGAAGUCACAAAUUUGAAGCAGAGUGUGGAAGAGAAAGAUAAAGAAAUUUCUGAAAUGAAGUCGGAAGUUGAAACUAUACAAAAAAGACUUGAAGAGAAGGAUAGUUUUAUAGAAGACAUAGAGAAACAACUUGGUGGAUCUAAAUCAGAGUCUGUGGCCUUGUUACAUCAGAAAGAACAGCAGUAUAAUGAGAUUAAACUGGAACUUGAAAAAGUACAGUCAAAUAAUGAUACAAAAAUAUCCCAGAUUGAAGAUCUUCAGAAACAGCUGACAGAUUUACAACAACAUUAUCAAACAGAGUGCAGCUCCAGUGCAGAAUUAAGAUCUGCUAUUUUAGAAAAAGAAAACUUACUCGAAGAAGAAACAAGAAAAAUACAAUCAAGAGAUGAGAGAAUUUCUAGUUUAGAAGAACAGUUGUCCUCAGUGAAAGAGGAGGCAACAAGAAUGGAGACUGAAAGGACAAAUUUAUUAGCAAAGAUGGAGGCUGGGGAAGGUAUUGAAACAGCAAUUAACCAGCUUAAUCAAGAAAAGACAAUUUUGCAAGAAAAGAUUUCCCAGUUAGAAAGUUCUGCCACUGUUCAAGAAAAAGAAACUUCUGAAAAGCAGGAAAAGCUCCAUAAACAGUUACAGGAGGUUAAAGGUCAGCUGAAAAAUUCUCAAGACAAGGUGGAGAAGUUAAAGGGAUCAUUGUCUGAGAAAGCAGAGAAAAUAACACAGCUACAGCAAAAAUCAGCCCAGUUAGAGGUUGAUGUUCAGUCAAAAACAGAAUUACUUCUAGCAGCAGAGUCAGCUAAAACUAGUCAAAGGGCAGAUUUAGAAAAUCAUAUCAAAACAGCUCAAAACUUGGUUGAGGAGAAAACUAAUGAACUGUCCAAAAUGAAACAACAGUGGCAGCAGACUUUAUCUGACCUUUCUACUAAAAAAGAGAAGAUAGCAUCAUUGGAAGGAACUAUCAAAGAACAUCAAGACAAGAUAACACAACUUACACAACAAAAUACAGCUUCUGAACGACAAAUAACAGAAAAGAAUGAUAGAAUUGAAAAAAUAGAUAAUGAGCUGAAAGAGACAAAAUCUACACUAACCACAACAAAGAAAACAUUAGAGGAGAUAAAACAGAGAUUAGAACACAAAGAACAAGAAUCAGAAACAACAAAAAAGAAUCUAACCACAGAAAUAAGUAAGCUGAAUGCAGUGGUAGAGAAAAAAGCCAAAGAAAACAAAAAACUAACAGAACACAAUGAGUUCUUGGUGACAGAAGGUAAAAAGAAAGAGAUACAGAUUAGUGAGUUAUCACAGGAAGUAGUCAAUACAAAGAAAUCACUGUCAGAUACCAAGUUGGCACUUGAUACCAAAGCUUCAGAUUAUAAUCAGGCUCAGGUAGCACACCAACAGGAAGUGACAUCAUUAAAGAAAGAGACAGAAUCUUAUCAACAAAAGUCAUCAUCAACAGAACAACAAUUGAACAAUCAGCUGAAAGAAGUCAUGGAACAAAAAGAAAAUUUAACAAUGGAAAAAGAAAAACUACAAACUUUGUCAACAGAAUUGCAGAAAAAAUUAGCUGAGAGGGAAGAGGAACUCAAAUCUACUGUACAGAGCUUACAGACUGAAAAGUCUGAGGCAAAUGAUUCUUUUGAGAGAAGUAAAAAUGAAUUGAAUGACAAGAUAACAUCACUGACUUCACAGAUAGACGAACUGAAUACACAGUUACAGAAUGAAAAGGAUACUUUGACUGCUACAAUGGGCUCAGAGAAUACAAUGAAAUCUCAAAUCGCAGAGUUAAUAACAGAAAAAUCAACUGCAGAAAAACAAGUUGAAGAAUUAAAAUCACAACUGUCAGAUACUACAGAGAAAUUAGAAGUUCAGAAAGAGCAGAUAACUCUUAAAGAACAGCAGUUGCAAGGAAUGAUCCAAGAGAAAGUUGAUGAGAUAGAUAAUCUUCAACAACAAAAUAAGGCUUUGACAGAGAAGUUAGAAUCCAUAGAAACAAACUUACAAACAGAAGCAGCAUCGGUUACAGAAUUGAAAGAAAAAUGUACAACUUUGGAAUCUGAAUUAGAAAGGGCGAAGGAAAGAGAAACUGAACUUAAUAACUCAUUUGAUGAGCUUAGUGAAGUAAGAAAUGCUAUGAAUACACAGAUGGUUGAACUAGACAAAGAAUUAGCAGAAAACAAAUCAAAGAGAGAAGAAUUACAACUGUACAAGGAUACUUUGGAUGCCCAAUUCCAAGAGUUAGAGAAAAAGUACACUGAAACCAAAGCAGAAAAUGACUCCUAUGAGAAGGAAAUUGGUCAGCUAAAAUCAGCACUAGAAACUGAGAAAGAGGAAAGAAAGAAGGAAGUAACAGAACUACUUGAAGCUAAAGAGAUACUGAUCAGUCAGAAAUUGGAGGUUACUAAUCAGCUUGAAGGAAUGGAAAGCAUUAUUAAUAAAACAAAAGAUGAAAAAGAGGAGGCAGAGGUAAAAUUUACAGAUCUCCAGAAGAGUUUACGAGAGGAAAAUUCUUUGCUUCAGACUAAGUUGUCAGAUCUAGAAAAGUCCAAAGCUGAAAUACAAAGAAAUUUAGAUGAAGAACAAGCUAAAUUUGAACUACAAACAACUGUCCUGAAUGAAAACUUGACCACUAUCAGAGGUGACAUGGUCACUGCUCAACAGCAAGUAGAGGAACUCAGUAAAUCCAAUGAUGAACUCAGGGGUGAAAAACUAGCUUUAGAAGCCAAGCUUGAAAAUAACAAUGAUGAAAGACGAUUGCUAUUAGAGAGGUGCCUUACAAGUGAGGGUGAAUGUGAAAAUUUACGAGAAAAGUCUGUAGCAUUACGGAGAAAAUUAGAUGAUACACAGUCAGCACUUCAAGAACUUGGAAGAGAAAAUCAGUCUUUGCAGUCAGAUGAUGAAGAGAUAACAACCACAAAAGUACAGAGUAGAAAAUGGGCAGACGACAGUGAAUGUAAGGAGUGUAUGGCUUGUGCCAAAAAUUUCUCUGUAACUGUCAGAAAGCAUCACUGUAGACAGUGUGGCAAUAUAUUUUGUAAUGACUGUUCCUCUAAAGAGGCUCUAUUAGCUAACUCAAAGAAACUUCAAAGAGUAUGUGAACACUGCUAUAAAGAUCUUACAAAGAAAAAAUAACAUGUGAGGAAUUUUUCAACCAUUUUGUCCAUGUCCAGUGCAGAAAUAUGCUUUCUUUUGCUUCUGAUACAUAUGCAUGGCCAAAGUUCAUCCUUUUCACUCAUUUGCACAUAGCUAUUGAUAUUGUACAAUCAUUUUGAUAAUAGAGGUGCUUUUAUGGAAUUUUUAUUGUAAAUAUGAUUUUUUUUUUUUUGCUUACAAUUUUAAUACCAAUUAGUACGGAUGAUUCAGAACUUUUAAUAUUUUCAUUUAGAUGUGAAGCUUGUUUUAAAUUAAUGGCUCAACUUCUGAUAAUAUUUUAUUAAUUAUUACCGUAUUUGAUUUUUAGAAACUGAAGAUUUACAAUUGAUAAACUAUUAUAUUGAAAUUUUUAUUAAGCAUAUAUGCAAAUCCAUCUUCACAUACUAGCCAUGCCAGUGAUAAACACCGUCCUCAGGAAUGAAUUUCUUAGACCUGCCCUGCACAAAAUCCAAUAUUUUAAUACACAUUGUAAGAAUGACAAGUCUUACCCAUAUAUUUGUAAAUAUAUAUACUUUUUAUUUUAAUAUUACAAUAAAAAAAAAUGAAUCAUAUAAUGGUAUGAACUUUUCUUCUUAAUUAUUUGAUCAGAGUAAAAUUUGGUUUUGUUUAAACUAUAAAACAGAAUGUACUGAGCUUUUAGAGGAUUGAUGAAUCUAUUUUCCUUUAAAUUUACAUACUUAUGAAGUGACUUCAUCUAUGCAGAUUUAACCUUAUUUUUAUUUUUCUGUAAGGAGUUCAUAUCUCAGGGAAGAUUAGUUUUAUAGCUAAAUGUGUUUCCCUCUUUAAAUAAAGAAUUAUUAUUUUACAUCCCAUGUUACAAGUAGUAGGGACUUGUCUGACCAUCAGUCAUCUUAGUUUCUGGAUGAUAGAUCAAAUACUUUAUAUAAGAUUGCAACCUUACUUGGAUAUGUAGCCAAAUAUAGUGAGAGGAAGAUCCCCAUUUUGAGGUCAAUAUGUCAAAGGUCAUGGUCAAAGUUACUAAAAAGUGCAAAAAAGAGUUUCUGGAUAAUAAAUCGAGAACAUUACUUGGAAAAAUUGUCACACAUAAUGAGAAGAUACCUAUUGAUUAUUGAUUUAUUAUGUUAAACCUCAAGGUCAUAGUUACUUAAAUUAGUAGAGAAAAGGGGUUUUCAGAUAAUAACUCCAGAAAUUGCAUGGGGUUGCAAUUUAAGGAUGUUCGCUCCUCUUGCUUUUGAAUUUUUGUCAGAUAUUCGUAAUCCUCUGGUUAUAUCCAUGUAAUGCCAUUAAAAAAAUUUCCCACUAACCCCUACGUUUCUUUCCAUAAUUUGAUUACAUACAGUUCAAAAUGUCAUCUUUGAAAAUCUUAUAAAGUCCUUGUUAUUUUUUCAUCGCUUUUGAAAAAAAAGGUGCCAAUGUCAAAUGUAUGAAAAAUCUAGAGAGAAUCAUUUCCUGCCAAAAUUUUUAAUGGCUUAUAUCUCGAAAACAAGCACACUGACUCUUCUUUUUUUUUCUUUUUUUUAAUUUCUGUAUUUAUAUACUACCAAUUUAUAACAGUCUUUUAAAAAGCUUGUUAUUUUGAAACAUCCUCAACUUGCAUAUAUGGUCACAUAUUUAUGAAAGGAGAAUCCCUAUUGAUAUUAAAAUAAUUGCUUACAAGGUCAAGGUAAAACAUUUACCAUACAAAUAUACUAAAAAUAGUGUUUCCAGAUAAUAACCUAAGAAUCUUAUAUGAAAUUGGAACAAAACUUGGAUAUAUGGGAGCAUAUAAGGUGAGGGAGAUCCCUAUUUAUUUUGAUGUACAAUGUAUGGCAUACAUGUGAUAUUGUGAGCUUGUAAGGUUCUUUAAUUGAAAAAAAAUGCAGGUGCUUAUUUCAGGUAGGCAUUGUAAUGUUGGACUUUGACCUCAAUGCAAAUUAUUCAUGUGAAAUCUGGUGUCAUCAAUUUUCUAUUUAUUGGAGUUCUAUCAAUAGCCAUUAUAUUUCUAUUGGUACUUACGUAAAAAUGUUUUGUUUAAAUGUGUUAUUUAUCAUAACAUUAAGCCAGUAUGCAAAUUUGACAAUUUUGAUGAACAAUUUUCAUUUACAGUAUCAGCACUUGGUUUGUAUCCAUAAUCAAUUUUAAAUUCUUCUUUUAUAUAUUUGGUCUAAAAACUUUAUUUUUAAACAAAAGUACAUGAAUUGUAUAAAUGUGUUGCUCAUUAUUCAGACAUGCUGAAAAACAGUAUUGAAGGGAAAAAAGUUUCUACAUAGGAAGAAAAUGAGAUAUGGGAAAUUGUGAAUGAGAAUUAGCAGUUAAACUAGCCCCUUAUCAACCAAAAAUGAGCAGACAAAUAUUUUUAAGGAAAGUGUAUCACUCAUCCAUACCCUACAUUUCUAACAUAGAUAUAAGAAGAUGUGGUAUGAGUGCCAAUGAGACAACUCUCCAUCCAAGUCAAAAUUUAUAAAAGUAAACCAUUAUAGGUCAAAUUACGGUCUUCAACACGGAGCCUUGGCUCACACCGAACAGCAAGCUAUAAAGGGCCCCAAAAAUUACUAGUGUAAAACGGGAAAACCAACGGUCUAAGCUAUAUAAAAAACGAGAAACACUUAUGAACCACAUCAACGACAACUACUGAACAUCAGAUUCCUGACUUAGGGUUUAAACAUGUCUGAAUAAUAAAGCAAGAUGGUAAAAAUACAUGUAAUUGAACAUUUAUUUUCAUGCCUACCUGUAGCCACUGGAGGACACUCAGGACUUGAUGGUAGAUAAUACUGCUGUGAUACACUGGAUAAACAAACGUUUUUUUACUAUGCUUUUGGUGUCAAGGUUGUUUUUACUACAUGUACAUGUACUUUUAUACAAAACAAUGAAUCAUUACAUCAACUUCCUGGUCUUGUCCACUGUGGAAGCAGUCAGAAUAAAACUUUUCAUAUUAUUUACUUUUCAUUUUGAGACAGCAAAAUUGUACAUUUUACUUCUAAAUUUUUAAGUCAGAAUUAAGUGAAUGUUCUUCAACAUCAUUUCAUAGGAAUUUGCAAUUCGAAAGUAAUAAUGUGAAAGGAACUAUAUUGUUGGAUUACUAAUACUUGUGUUAAAAUUCAAGAAAAUCACAAUUUGUUUAGUGUAUCAAAACCUGACAAAGUUUUAAAAUCAGUUGUUUUAACCCUUAAAACAGCUCAAGCCUUCUUACCUAAGUUUGCAAAAAAAAAAAAAAAAGAAAACCUCUGUGCCACCUGCUCUCAUUGAAUAGGUGACCACUAACCUACUGGGUAAGUGACCAGUGGACAGUUUCCAGAAUGGACAAGUGUAUUGAAGAUGUCAUAAAUUUUCUGAAUUUGUUGAAAAUUAAUAAAUGCUUUAAGUGGUAAAAGGGUUUGCUAAAACAUCGGGUUAAAUAAAAAGAUGCAAACAGCAAUCUGUAUUAAAAUGUUUUUAAACAGUCUAUAGCUUUGUUUUUUUAUUUUUUUAUGACUUGAUUUAUUUAUGAAAUGUUUUCAGGAACAUCACUUGUAUUGAUAUUUUAAAGAGAUGUGUGAAUGAGAUAUAAUAUGAUUUUCUUUGAUGUUUUAUUAUGGUAAAAUAAAGAUAUUGCCUUCUUAUGAAACAAAAGUAACCAAUUAAAAGUUGGUAAAGUACUGUUUCUUGGCUUUUGGUUUUGUUACCUGUAGGGAGACUAUGUUAUCAAUAAAAACACCUUAUCCCUUCAUUUUAAUAACAACCGGGAUAGAUUUGAUAUCCACUGUCAAUUUGUCAAAGUAAAAUUACAUCUCCAUUUCUUUAUGAAAAUGACGAGAAUGGUUAAGUAUUGCAUUCACUGUCCAUCCCUCCCCCUGUUCUUUCAACAAAUAUUUCUGUCACACUUUUCUAUGGUACUACUGACCAAAAUUACUUCAUACUUGGUCAGCAGUUUUACAGUGUUGAUUUAUAAUGUGUAAGCCCUUUAUUAAUCUGUUAACUUAAAAUGUUUCUUCACAUAUUUCUCCCAUAAUUCUUAAAAAGACCAUGUUUGGUCAGCUGAUUGAGUUGUAACAUGUCCAGACACCUACUUACUGUUUUUGGAUAUUUGAAUUAGCAGUGGGGGUAUGGUUAUCAAGACAACACAUGAAUUGUUGUUUUUGAAUUGUUAUAACAUUACAUGACAGUCAAGUUACAGUAAUAAAUUUACAUUAGAACAACAGCUCUGGUUGGUUGAUGACAAAGUAAGACUUCAAGAGUGCAGUGGUUUUUUUUUGUCACUUUUGUACUGAUAAUAGAAUUUUUGCAUACUGAUAAUAGAAUCUUUGCAGUAUGAUCAAUCAGCUUGUCUGUAACAGGCUAGGAGUAUGAUGCUUGUUCUCCAGUUGUUUUAAAGGUCAUUGAGUUGUAUAUAGGGAAUUUACUUCAAAAUAAAUUGAAAUUUACAGGAUUCCUACAGAGUUUUAUCAUGUUCAUCCAUAAAGGAUUGUAUUUUGUAAAAACUAGUGCAUGGUAUUGUAAUAUUUCAUCAACAGUUACAAUUUUGUUUUGUAAUUCCUAUAAACAAAUAGAAAAUGGGAUUUUUAUUUGUAAUUUUACAUUAACCAUACAAAUAAUUUCAUUCUUUAGUAUUUAAUGUUUUCUUCCAAAAAUUCAUAAAUUAAAAAAAAAAAGAAUUCUUAAGAUCUACCAUUUAUGUUAGUAUGAAUGGAUUUUUAUUCUGCUCUGCAUGGUGUCAGAUUACAUAAAUGAAAAUUCAAAUUUUGAUGAAAAAAUGCUUAAAAUAGGAUGCAAUGCUUUAAUAAUGGUGUGAAUGUUAUUAGAGAGUUUUUUUUAUAUUGUUAUUCAGUAAAAAAAAAUGUUAUUUUUCAUUAUUUUAUUAUUAUAUACAUAUUUUACAUGUUUUCCUGGUGACCAAAUAAAACGUAUACAUUCCAUAA